AUGGACGGUGGACACAGCCUCAGGAUGGACGUUACUGUACGAGAGCUCAUGGAGCUCUUUCUGCAGAGCACGCUGGUGGCGGGGGUGACCCGCCACCAGGAGACCCUGUUUAACUUGCAGAGGUUGGAGGCCCCAGACAUGGCCCUGGAGGAGCUGGAGUUUCUCUCCAGCAACAUGACCUGUCGCCUCAGGAGGCUCUUAAUUGAGCAAGACAGUUACAGGGAGCUGGUCGUGACCCUGACCCAGGAGUGGAACACCAGCAGCCGCCCCAGCGAGGACACGCAGCCCCUGGCCGUGGAGCUGGCGGACACCAAGGCCACACUGCGCGGCGUCAGGCAGGAGCUGGAGGAGAAGACGAAGCAGCUGGCGGACGCCAGGCAUCAGUUGUACCAGCUGGUGCUGGAGCUGCAGGAGGCCCGGCGCAAUAACAUGGAGUUGGCAGCCAGCGCCCAGGCUGCCCGUGCCCCCCUCCCUGAGCUGGACUCCCUGAGGGAGAAGGCGAGGCACGUGGAGAGGCUGGAGAUGGAGGCGAUGGGCCUCAGGCAGAAGGAGAAAGACAUAGACUUCUAUGCAUGUCUGGCCUUGCUCACCACAUCUCCGUAUGGAGACUUGGGCACCAUGACUCAGGGAAAUGAACACGUGAUGGAUAAGCAGGAGCUACUGGCCCGCUCCCAGGUGUUAGAACCCGUGCCGACUGGAGACGAUUAUUUUUCCAUGGACACUGAGAGCCAUCUCCAGGACCAUUGGAUUUGGUAUUGGAUUGAUAAGCUAUUCGAGCGGGAGGAGGAGAAUGUGCAGCUGAAAUCUAGGCUGCACCACCUACAAUUGGCCCGGGACACAGACCAGAAAUGCCUUGAGGAGCUGCGGGAAGAGAUCAUGGCCCUCAAGACUGCACAAGGGCAGAGUGUGGAGGAGCCCGCCCACCUGCACUGGGAGCUGGAGCAGCUCUGCUUCCUGAAGCUGGACAAGGAGAAGCAGAGCCUCCAUGACACCGUCCAGGGGCUGCGCCACGCCUCCCUGGCCCUGCAGGAGAGCAGCCUCCAGCGCCAGGAGCUGGAGAAGGAGAACCAGCAGCUCAGAAAGCAGAUUGAAGACUGGCAAGUCCAGAUGGAAAGAGAAAAGCAGACCAGCCGGGAUCUGGCGACUCUCUGUGAGGAGCUGGUGGAGGAGAGAGAACAGCUGCUCCGUGACAUCGAGACCCUGAAGGCUGAGGAAGCCCAGGAGUUCAAGGAUCUUAAACAACUGGUGCGUUCACUGCGGGAUAGUUCACAGACCAGCAGCAAGGCCCGCAUGAAGGGCCAGAAGACUAAGAAAAAAGUGCUCCUCCAGACGGUGACGGACACCAAAAGGAAAGUGACCAUGAUGGAGUGGGAGCGGCGGCAGCUGUGCCGGGACCUGGAGCAGGUGAAGGCACAGGCGGCGCAGGCACAGGAGCUGGAGCACAGGAAGGAGCUGCAUCGCCUGCAGGAGGAGAUCGAGAAGCUGGCCAUGGAGGUCAGCGCCCUGAUGACAGCCCCCGAGAGGGUCCACGCCCUCGAGCGGGAGAGCCCGGACCUGUUGCUGGAGAACCAGAGGCUGCAGACGUCUCUGGACACCCUGCAGCCCGAGGACCUGGAGCAGGACAAGCAGCUGGACACCAGGGUGGAAAAUUCCACUCUGAGCUCCCAGAGCGCCUCGCUCACUGCGCUCACAGAGCAGAACACGCAGCUCCAGCACCAGCCGCUGGCGGCAGCCCACAAGGCCCUGCAGCAGGAACACGCGUGCCUGGGCGCGCUCCACGAGCGCCUGACUAGGGAGCACGAGGCCCUUCUGGACAAGUACCGCCGCCAGAAGACACUGCUGAGUCGGACCCUGAAGCUGGAGAGCAAGGCUCUCAGUGACAGAUACAAGGACCAGCUCCAACAUAAGGCGGCGCUGGAGCAGCUGGGGACUCUCUUGACCACCGAGCGGGAGGCUCUGCAGCAGGAGCAGAGGACGAGCACCAUGGCCGCCGAGGAGAACCAGAGGCUGCAGCGAGAGCUGGACAGGGCCAAUUCCCUGCACCAGCAGCUGAAGGGGGAGCAGGAGGAGCUGCAGACCCACACUAAGAAGCUGCAGACCUCCCUGAACGACACCCAGCUGCAGGUGAACUGCUGGCAGAACCAGUGCAACUGGCUGAGGGAGGAGCUUCAGAGCACGGACAUCUCGCUGACCGAGCUGGACAACCGCUGCCAGCUGGUCUCCCGCCUCAAGGGCAACUUGGAGGGAGAAAACCAUCACCUGCAGAGCCAAAUCCAAAGGCUGAAAGAGCAGAACCAGAGGCUUCUCCAGGAGGACGUGGAGGACAAGGACCAGCACCAGGAGGAGCAGCAGCUGUACGUAGACAAAUUCAAUGCCUUACAGAGACAAAAUGAAAAACUGGAAGAAAAAAGCAUGGCUCAGCACAAGUUCCAUGAUCCAGCGCCAAAGAAGAAAAAGCACUGGAUUGGAGCCAAAGUCUUAGUCAAACUCAUCAAACUAAAGAAAGGGGGAUCCAGAGAACGACCAAAGUCAACCCCACAGAGGCCUCCCUGGCCGCUGGGGUCCUCAGACCAGGCCUCGCCCAGUACUUCUCAGCCUCUUCAAUCGCAGCUGGAACCCCUCGAGGCCACCCCAUGCUGCUCAAAGGUGACAGAAGAGCAAGACACCUGCAGGGGGCCCAGGGGAAAAGGCCCUGGGGACCCAAUACCAAAGGGAGUGGCCCCACACAGAGGCAGCCUUGACCACACUCGAGGAGAUGCCUCCGCUGACCCAGCCACCAAGCCCCGGCCAUCAGAGCUGGGCUCCGGGGCCUGUUCAUCCUCAGCCAUCACUACAGCUCCUUCCAGCUCCACCUCCACCUCCCGGCACCCAGGCCGCACCCACGCCGUGCUGCUGGGCUGUAUGCUAGAGCGUAUUCCUGUCUGGCUCUAA